GAAUCUGGCCGAUCGCUCCGCUUGUAAAAGCCCUCUCAGUCCAGCCGCACUUCAUAUCUAUUCUAACUCCGUGCUGGUGGAGACAGCUUAGCUUAUAAAGGUUUCUUUCAACUGAGAAGGACGAUUCACGUGACACGUCGCAGUUUUUUUUUUGCCGUAUUAGCGCUUCAACGGUUUUCGUUCUCUUGAAGAGUGCUAUUUAGAUAGAAUAUACCAAUCCAAGCAACAGUUUUUUUUCUUCGUUACACUGACUAGACUCGCAUAUUCCCACAAAUACUUUGAGGCACCGCUGUUCUGUUUUUCCAUAAGUGAACAAUGAAAACCAAGUUUAUAAACGGGCUGUCGUCCUCUCCUUCGCUGUCCCUGGGUUUGCUGGUCACUGAAAAUGAGCUGCACGUCCAACCCGACACCGAGACCGAGUACAAAGAUGUUCUGCGGCCCGAGGAGCCAGACCUGCAGACCAGACACAAGGCGUAUCUGUGGUGCAGGGAAUUUCUCCACGGUGCAUGGAAAACCGUAACCGAAGACGAUUUCCAGAUAAGCAUAAUCAGGGGAGGCCUUAGCAACAAGCUUUUUCUCUGCGCGUUGCCCGACGACCAGGACAGUGUCGGCGAUGAGCCCCGUUGCGUGCUGCUGCGGCUGUACGGGGCCAUCCUCCAGAUGUCCUGUAAUAAAGGGGAGACAAGAAAGUCAAACAAAGAGAAUUUCUUUCAAGGUGCCGAAGCCAUGGUCCUGGAGAGCGUCAUGUUUGCCAUCCUGGCAGAGAGGGAGCUGGGACCUAAGCUCUAUGGAAUCUUCCCCCAAGGGAGACUCGAGCAAUUCAUCCCUAGCAGGAAACUGGAAACCAGUGAGCUGUCUGUUCCGAGCCUGUCAGCUGAAAUAGCCCAGAAGAUGGCCAGGUUCCAUGGGAUGAGGAUGCCUUUCAACAAGGAGCCCAAGUGGCUUUUCGGCACCAUGAACAAGUACCUGAAUCAGGUGCUGAGAAUCACCUUCACCAGAGAGGGUCACAUAAGGACUUUCACCCGCCUCAUGAGCUUCAACCUGCCACAGGAAUUGGAGAUGCUCAAGUCAUUGCUGCAGUCCACCCCGUCUCCUGUUGUGUUUUGUCACAAUGACUGUCAGGAGGGCAAUGUCCUGCUUCUGAAUGGUCGAGAGAACUCCGAUGGACAGAAGCUCAUGUUGAUCGACUUUGAAUACAGCAGCUAUAACUACCGUGGAUUUGACAUUGGAAACCACUUCUGCGAGUGGAUGUACGACUAUACGUACGACAACUUCCCGUUCUUCAAAGCCAACCCGAAGAACUACCCUAGCAAGGCACAGCAGCUGCAUUUCAUCAGCAGCUACCUCUCCGAGACACAUGAUGGGCUUGAGAAUUUGAGUGAGGAAGACCAGAUGGAACUCAAGGAGCAGAUGCUCGAAGAAAUCAACAGGUUUGCCCUGGCAUCUCACUUUUUCUGGGGCCUGUGGUCCAUUAUUCAGGCAAGAAUAUCCACAAUUGAGUUUGGCUACAUGGAGUACGCAGUGGCACGGUUUGACGCCUACUUUGCGCUGAAGAGGAAGCUGGGGGUGUAAGCAGGAUGAGGGGAAGAGGCCGCAAGGGCAGGGCAGAGCAUUUUGAACCAAGUCAAAGUGAGCUGCAGGAGUGGGCCUUCAGGAAUGCCCCCCUCCCUCAUUGAAAGGAAGCGUCUGCAUGUAGGAAGGAAUAGGAGCAGAGAAAGUCCCGCCCCCCGCUCGUCCUUCGCUGUGCAGCCUAGCUCAGUGUUUACAGAGACCCUGUGGUCUGCUCCACAUACUCCAUGCUUUCUGCUGAAAUGGGGUCAGGUUGCUUCUGGGUCAGUUCAUGAAUAUUACUUCGGCUUCAAAAACGUCACAAAAAAGAUUGUGCAUCGGUUGAGUAACAGUAAAAAAUUGAAUGGCGUGAAGAUACGUAAUUUUUGCUUUAGGUAAUGCAUUAAUAUGUACGGAUGAAAGACCAAACAUGUUAACCUUCAACACUUAAGCAGAAUUUUUCUGUCCAAACCUGGGAUCAUCAGGCUUGAUUUAUCACCAGACCAAAUACAGCAAUUAAUACUUUGUACCUGUUUCUUUGACCUUUUUUUUUUUUUUAUACCAACUGUUAGUACUUUUUGUGAGCCUUUUUUCCUUAUUAUGUGACACUUGCUAUAAAAAUGUGAAUUGGAAUUACGUGGCUUUAAGCCAUCUACCUCCAUAAUCAGUUGGAAACUCCCUGCUGUAUUGUAUUAAACAGAAGUGGAGAUGUACGCAUGUGAAGUUUAAAAAAACAAACAAAAAAAACCUUCCCAACGUUUGUUUCCUGCAUAGGUUACAGACACAAUGAUCAGUGUUUGUUGGCAGUGUUGGUCAUAUUCUGUAGGCCAGCCUUCAGCACAAACAGUCCUCUGUAGACAAAUGCAAAACCUACCUUUUUUGUUUUGUAUUGUUAAAACACUGCUGUUCUGUAAGGGACCAGAAACUGUUCUACACUUUUUGAGGUUUUCAGAGUUAAUUUGGACACAUGGAUUGAGGUGACAUCUCAAGUGCCAAACUGAAUUUCCCUCCUGAAAAGUUUGUAACACUUACUUGAGCCAGGGAAGCAAAGAUCUGAUUGUGGCUGCAGUUUUGACACUCUUGGAAAUCGCUGGAUUUUUAUUCUGGGUGAAUGUGACAGAAAGGGGUUGUCUCUCUCAGUGCUAUUGGCAAGAAUGCCAAAUGCAUUUUCUGUUAUUUGUUUUAGUUUGACUAAAUGUAUUCCUCUCCUGAAAAUUAAUUUUGUUUACUCUGCACUUUAGUAAUAUGGGAGGUGAACUGCAGUAAGGUUUUGUUUUUUUUUUUUCCCAGUUUAUUUCUUAAUUAGACCUCUUGGUACGUACUGUAAUUUCCUUAAGUAUGGCUCUAAAUUGUGGGGAGUAAAAUCCCAUUUCUCUGAUGCACUUAAUGUUUGCAGUGUUGUGACUUCUGUAUAUUGCUUUGCAAUGAGACAGCAGUGAGGAACUAUAGUGUGGAAUAGUGGGGAACAGAAUGUGGAAUUCAUCAGUUUCUAAGGUGAAAAUAUGCAUAUCCUGAAUUGACCUAAAUACUCUGUGGGAGAUGACUUCAUGCAUACAGCUGUGCAGAUUAGAUUAACUGCAUUUUGAAAAGUUUAUUAAAGGAGUAUUGCCUUUGAAAAUAUGCCACUAUAGUGUAUCUUUAUUGUUUUGCAAUUCCUGCAAUAAAAUGCAUUCUUAUGGACUGUUAA